AUGGUGUUCUCUACAUUGGCACGAGAUGCCAGGAGUAUCAGUGAGGGUGGUAAUGGCAACCAUGAAGACAAUGAAGGUGGUGAAGACGGUGAUGGUGGUGAUGGUGAAGACGAUGAUUGUGGUGGCAAUAAUGGUAACAGUGAUGAUGAGGGUGAUGAUGAUGAGGAGGAGGAGGAGGAGGAGGAGGGGGAUGGCAAAGGUGUGGCAAUGGUGAUGGUGGUGAUGACUGCAGAUGGUGAAGAUGGAACUGAGGGAGGGCCCGGAGGACCCGGGGGCCCGGGAUUAGGCGGCCGCGGCGGCUUCCUCGGAGGCUUCGGCAGUGGCCUCAGGGGCCGCGGUCGUGGUCGAGGCCGUGGCCGUGGUCGAGGCCGCGGGGCUCGUGAAGGAAAAGCCGAAGACAAGGAGUGGAUCCCCGUCACCAAGCUGGGCCGCCUGGUUAAGGACAUGAAGAUCAAGUCCCUGGAGGAGAUCUACCUGUUCUCCCUGCCCAUUAAGGAAUCCGAGAUUAUUGAUUUUUUUCUGGGCGCAUCUCUAAAGGAUGAAGUUCUAAAAAUCAUGCCAGUACAGAAGCAGACGCGGGCUGGCCAGCGCACCAGGUUCAAGGCUUUUGUCGCUAUUGGGGACUACAAUGGUCAUGUUGGUCUUGGUGUGAAGUGCUCCAAGGAGGUAGCCACAGCCAUCCGGGGGGCCAUCAUCUUGGCCAAGCUUUCCAUUGUCCCUGUGCGGAGAGGUUACUGGGGGAACAAGAUUGGCAAGCCCCACACUGUCCCAUGCAAAGUGACGGGCCGCUGUGGCUCUGUGUUGGUGCGUCUCAUCCCUGCCCCCAGAGGCACUGGCAUCGUCUCUGCUCCUGUGCCCAAGAAGCUACUGAUGAUGGCAGGUAUUGAUGACUGCUACACGUCAGCCAGGGGCUGCACUGCCACCCUGGGCAACUUUGCCAAGGCCACCUUUGAUGCCAUCUCCAAGACCUACAGCUACCUGACCCCUGACCUCUGGAAAGAGACUGUGUUCACCAAGUCUCCUUAUCAGGAAUUCACGGACCAUCUUGUGAAAGCCCACACCAGAGUCUCUGUUCAGAGGACCCAGGCUCCAGCUGUGGCCACCACAUAA